AUGAAACGUAAGCUCCCGAAGUGUGUUAGGAUCGAGAUAGACAGCUCUGCUGAGGCUGAAGCAAAGUGGCAGAGAAGUUUGAAGAGAAAGAAAGAGGAGGCGAGAAAAAGAGAGCUGGAGAAAUAUCCCGACUUCACGGCAGAAAAUUGGCGUGUUUUUGCAGAUGCAUAUGCAUCCGGCCAAGCUCAUUCGAUGAUGAAGACGAUGCAAGUACAAUUCGCCGGAUUGAAUCUCGCCUCAGAAGAAAAUGGCGCGCCGCCUGUUUUAUUUUCGAAAAAGUCGGCUCACCCACAAAACGAAAAUCGAAAAGAUCUUCACACCGAUAUUACGAAUUUUUCAAUAAAACAACCAAACGAACGAGCAUUGGCGAAUUUAAGUACAAAUUUGAACGCAGCAAAGGCAAGCGAGAAGGAAGAAUGUUCGUCAGCGGAUUUGGAGAUUCACAGCACGGUUGGAGUGCAGAUCUCCCAAUGUGCUCAGUCUGAAUCGGUGAAAAUAAGAAACGCACGAGAACGAGAGCGAGUGAAGACUCUCAAUGCAGCAUACGAACAGCUCCGCGAUCGGCUCCCCAUUACACCUAGUCUAAGAGGAAAGAAGAUGUCCAAGUACGAGACCCUGCAGCACGCUAUCGAGUACAUUCGGACACUAGAAGAUUUGCUUGAUGGUGGUGAUGAAGAAGGGCAUUUUCAGAUGCCGCAAAGAGACAUCGAGCUCCGAAAAUGCUUGCCUAAUGAAAGUCCUCUUUGCCGAUCUCGAUCUAUGGGACCGCAGAUUAUUGAUGUAACAGUCUCUUCUUCCCGAAGCUCGGAAAGUGGCUUUAGUUCCAAUGACAGCAGUACCAGCCAAGCCUAUAGCUCGAUCGAACUAUCUGAAGCCGACUCUCUUGUAAAAACUGGCUCUAUUAUCUUAGGUCAUGAUAAAGACGCGUCGAUUGAAUUGACUCAAGGAAUGCACCCAAUGUACGCAGUCAAUCCGGUGGCAAUGUCGCUCGCCGCAAGCUAUUAUGCCCAUAACGCGACUCCAUCUGUCAGAAUCAGCGAGAACGAGGCGGAGGCUUACUCAAAUCUGCAGCAGCAAUCGCCUUAUCCCCAGUCAGAAGAGUAUGAGUCUGUUUCUUUCGACACCCAGGAACAUGUCACCUUGAAGAACCUCAAUUAUCAAACGCAAGAAUUAAAGGACCACUUUCCGAUUCACAUGGCCGCCGACGUCAAGACGGAGGCACCCUCCUACGAAUCUAACGAAGCCAUCUCUUUCGGCGCUUACGAAUAG